AUGUGGCCGUCGGUUGACAUGAUGCGGACCGACGGCUGGACAGACGACGAGACCGAAUUGGCCUUAGAAAGAUACUAUACUGGUGCCCAGUAUUACCUUACGCCCGACAAUAUCGCACCCCCCAGGAUGAUUGAGCAGUAUGGUGCCGACUGGGGACAGAAUGCCCGGGGUAUUUACUACUGCCCUUCCUAUUCUCUGGAGUGGGUUACUUCUGAUUACGAUCUCUGGCUACCGUCACUUGAUGGCAUUGAUUGGAAUCAUUUUAGUGAGUCCAGUCGCCGCUCGAGAGCAGAAACUUUCCUCAAGCAUGUUCUUAACAAUGAACGAUGGAAGAAGAGUGAAUAUGCAUGGGAAGCCGACGCCUGGACAGAUGUUUUGGUCAGAUGA